AUGAACUUCUGCACCUGUGUGGUGCUGUCACCGGAAGUGUCGUCACCGGAAAUGAUGUCAUUGCACAGCUAUGGGGCCGUACGCACUGUGCAUGCACAAGUGAAACAUAAAGAAGGGAAGAAGCAGGAGGAAACAGAAGACCCAGAGGAAGAAAUCACAGGGAGUGGCGUUUCUCCAGAGCUCCAGGAGGAAAUCAUUAACAAACACAAUGAAAUUAGGAGAAAUGUGAAGCCAUCUGCCGCGAAUAUGCUGAAAAUGGUAGGAUAUACAUUUUGUGGUGAGGUAGUAUUUCAGGCAAAUUAUAUUAGUUCCUGGUCAGAAGUAAUCGACUACUGGAAUGAGAAAAAAUCAAAUUUCAAAUACGGUGUUGGGGCCGUUGAUCAAGAAUUAAACAUAUAUCCCUAUACACAGCUUAUUUGGUAUAACUCAUACCGGGUUGGAUGUGCUGCUACGUAUUGUGCAAACAGCACUAAGCCGUACUUCUAUGUCUGCCAGUACUGCCCUGCAGGGAACAUGCAAGAACAACUAGCGAAACCCUACAAAAAAGGCCGGAUCUGUGGAGACUGCCCUAACAACUGUGAGAAAAAACUCUGCACCAACCCAUGCAAGUAUGCAGAUGUUGCCAGGGACUGCAAGAAAAUGAAAAAGCUGUUCUCCUGUAAAAACUCAAUGCUAAAGAAGAGCUGUCGGGCCACCUGCUUUUGCAAAAAUGGAAUUAUAUAA